UGGCGGAACAGCGGGCACCGAGUCGUCUGGCAAGACUGCGGGCACCGAGUCGUCUGGCAAGACUGCGGGCACCGAGUCGUCUGGCAAGACUGCGGGCAUCGAGUGAACUGGCAAGACUGCGGGCAUCGAGUCAACUGGCGGAACAGCGGGCACGAGUCGUCUGGCAAGACUGCGGGCACCGAGUCGUCUGGCAAGACUGCGGGCACCGAGUCGUCUGGCAAGACUGCGGGCACCGAGUCGUCUGGCAAGACUGCGGGCACCGAGUCAACUGGCGGAACAGCGGGCAUCGAGUCGUCUGGCAAGACUGCGGGCACUGAGUCGCUGAGUAGAGGCUUCAGGCUGAGAGGAGGCUUCAGGCUGAGGAGAGGCAUCAGGCUGAGGAGAGGC